AUGGAACAGCACAGGAGCCGUCAGUGUAUGAGACUGUUAAAUAAGAAUCGAAAUCAACUGCAGGACUACUUCAGUCGAUAUGGACAUGUCCGCAGUGUAAACAUGUUCUUCGAUGCAGAAACGGGUUUACAUCGCGGAUUCGCGUCUGUCACAUUCGAGCAUCCUGAAAGUGCAACAAAGGCAAUGCAACAACGACCGCACGUGAUAGACGGCGACAGGAUCGAUUUGGAACCGUACAUUCCCAUGUUCGAAAGAAAAAGGACGUGA